AUGGUUUUCUUGUGCUGGUCGCGUCCAUCUCGUGAAGAGCAGAAAUCAUGCAUUAACAAGUCAGGUGUCUUCAAUUAUGACAACAAAUAUAAAGGUGCUACAGCUAAGCCUGCAUCUAUGAUUAAGCAGGACAAGGAUCUAUUGGACAAUGGUUUUCUAGUGAACCAUGCCUGCACUUUGGUUGGCUCGGGUCACGAUACUUUUGAGAGAGGCAAAAGUGCUCUUCAGAAUUGGAGGCAUUUUAAUCUGGACUGGGCAUACGUUGAUCCCAAUACCCCAAUCCAGAGAGCGGCUAAAUUUUGUGUUUGCGCUAAAACAUUCUUCCCAUGGCUUUUGAUGCCUCUAGAAGUCGUUUAUGUUGAUGAGAGCAAGAAGUCCAAUAAAUCUUUGGCAUCGUUUAGUUUCGGCAGUGGCACACUUCAAGGACACUUGCUGGCUGGGGAGGAACGGUUCUCCAUCACAAUGGACGAAAAGAAGGACGUUUGGUAUGAAGUGCUUUCAUUUUCAAAGCCGGCCAAUAUUUUGUCGCAUGUUGGAUUACCAUACGUACUAAUGAGGCAGAAGCAUUUUGCUCGAGAUUCCACAUUAGCGAUGCAGAAGCAUUUAUCCACCAAGUUAGACAGUGUAAGAAGUGAUCCAUAG